UGUCAGCUGAGCAAUAAUGUAUUGCAGCAACUGUCUGAUCUCACCAGUCUCCAGAGUUUUUUUUUACUGUCCUUUGAGGGCCUGGGAAUAGUUUUUAAUGUGAUGUCAGCAGUGGGUGGAUUGAUUUCUGAGUGCUGUGGACAUGGAUUGACUGCAGUGCGACAGGCUUGACUGCAGUGCGACAGGCUUGACUGCAGUCUAUAAUAAGCUUAAUGGAUCAUUGAUCACACAAGACUUACAGUAAGUUGCUAACGAAGUUGGUCUCUUCUUACUUGAAAACCCGGGGAUUUCCAGAUGCAGUUUAUAAAAGCAGCUAAGACUCCAUCCCACACAGACUUCUUCCCCAUGAAUGAAGAAGCAUACAUUUAGAAAGAAAGAUACUGCAAGAUAAACCUGCAUCACCUUCAGUCUAUAAUAAGCUUAAUGGAUCAUUGAUCACACAAGACUUACAGUAAGUUGCUAACGAAGUUGGUCCCUUCUUGAAAACCUGGGGAUUUCCAGAUGCAGUUUAUAAAAGCAGCUAAGACUCCAUCCCACACAGACUUCUUCCCCAUGAAUGAAGAAGCAUACCUUUAGAAAGAAAGAUACUGCAAGAUAAACCUGCAUUACCUUCAGUACACUUGAAGAGAGUAUAGGAAGAAAAAUGGAAGAGAGAAGGGGGCAGGACCAGGAAACGACCACAAGUGUUAUGGAUUUGCCGUCUAUGGAGACAAUUGUUUCGCAUCUAAAUAAGGGAAUUGUCUCCAUCUGUAACACCUGCAAGUCUAUCUUGGAUGCACAAGUUCAUCCAACAGCUAGGCCCAAUUAUGAACAAAUGAAGAGGCAUAUUAAGCAUGCUGAGCAGUGCCUGGAAAAAUCAAAGAAAAUGAUUGAAGAAAAACGAAAAUAUUUAGAACAAUGCAUAGAGCAGCAGAACGAAGAAAAAGGCAACGCCUCGGAUAAAUCUAAAGAAAUAGAAAGUUAUAGAGCUAGACAGAACACGGGUACAGGUGUAACAAUUGGAGGGGCGGUACUGGCUGCAAUACCAAUCCUCGGAUGGAUUCCUGGUAUAAUAAUGCUGGCUGUGGGAACCAGCGAAAUUGUUAAAGCUUCAAAUGCAAUAAGUAAUGCUGAAAGUGAGAGAAAAAAGGAGAUUGUAGAAUUGCAGCAGAAUCUACAGUUCACAGCUGAUAUUCAGGAAAUGGUCAGGAGAGCUGUGUACCUUCUGACUGUUCUUAGUGGAAGAGUCACUGAAAUGGAGAGACAAGCUCAAAGCUUCAUCCACUGGGCACCUGUGAUAGAGGCCAUGGAAGAUGUGAUGAAGGCAGCAGAAAAAGUUGCAGAGAAUCGACUCGUCUACAGUCAGAAUGUAUCAGGUCUCAUAACAACUUUGAGGGAGAAUGUUGGGGAAAUACUGGCUUUAUUGCGCUAUCAAAAUAAUUCUGACCAUGACUGCCAUCACUGAUCAUCAUCUAAUUAAUGCCUAGAACAACCUAACAUAACCAAGAGGGGCAGGAAACAAUUAAUGACAAUGAGACAUUGAAAAUACAAAACAUAAGAUAUUUCAUAUAAAAGCAUGACAUUACAAAAGUGUCAUAGUCAAUCAACAGUGCAUGUUUAAUAUUAAAAUGUAAUCAGUAAAGAGUAAGUAAGUAAGUAAUCAGAACUUUUAAUAAAUAACAAAGUAAGGGCUUGACAACAUCAUUGCAAA